AACAUAAAGAAAUCAAGAAAACCAGAGAUCAGUGGAAGAAACCGAAAAGGGAAAGAAAUCAAAAUCAAAGAAGUCUAGGAGCAUUAGACUGAGAAAAGAUAAUAAUGGGUAUAGAAGCAGUGGCUGCUAUUGGAGGACUAGAGGCACAGAAGAAGAACAGAAUUCAAGUGUCCAACACCAAAAAGCCUCUCUUUUUCUAUGUUAAUCUUGCCAAAAGAUACAUUCAGCAGCAUAAUGAUGUUGAGCUUUCUGCCUUGGGCAUGGCAAUCACUACUGUUGUCACUAUUGCUGAGAUAUUGAAGAACAAUGGAUUGGCUAUUGAGAAGAAAGUCUCGACAUCCACGGUUAGCAUGAAAGACGAGAACAAAGGGCGUGUUGUCCUAAAAGCCAAGAUCGAAAUCGUGUUGGGGAAGUCGGACAAGUUCGACUUGCUGAUGAAUGCUUCCAAUGUGGCACCGGAGACUGAUACCAAAAACAAGGAAUGACAACUUAGUGCGGCAAAGGAUUUGAUGUUCAUUGUUGUAGUUCGAUUUUGGAUGUUCAUUGAUUGAAACUUGUGGAAUAGUUACGCCUUUAUAGAAUGAUAUAACAAUGAGCAGUUUGCAGUUGUAUGCUUCUCUCUGUUCUCUUCAAGCGUGGAGGGAUCAUCCAUGUUAUUACAUUGUUUCUUUUCGAACUUGUAUUUCUCGUUGUUAACACGAAAUCGAUGAUUGAAUA